GCCACUGCGGUGCGGUUUGGGGGCGGGACCUAUAGGAACCUGGGGCCCAGCUGGCCGGAGAAAAGGUUUGGGAACCCGGGCCUGGGGCUGCGGGAUCCACAUCUAGCGGGGUUCCAAGGCAGCGGUGACAUCAGGCCGAGCUCUGCUCAUGAUCUCACCCUGUCCUCUUUUCGUCCCUCGCGCCACUAGCCCUAAACUCUAAGACCCUCUUGUCCUCCUGAGCUCUGCCCUCGGAUGUCCGACCGCCCAGAGCCUGCAUGCGCCGUGGGGCGCCCCAGGACCAGGAGCUGGUGGGUCCAGGGGCCCCUGGGCGGGGGUCCCGGGGCUCCCCUCCUUCCUCAGGACCCGUUGUCCCGGUGCUGGUCUUUCCCCCGGAUCUAGUAUUCAGGGCAGACCAGAGAAGUGGACCCCGGCAGCUGCUGACCCUCUACAACCCCACGGGAACCGCGCUUCGCUUCCGAGUUCUGUGUACAGCACCUGCCAAGUAUACAGUAUUCGAUGCAGAGGGAUAUGUGAAGCCUCAGUCCUGCAUUGACAUUGUGAUACGGCACGUGGCCCCCAUCCCUGGUCACUAUGACGUCCAGGACCGUUUCCGCAUUGAGCUAUCUGAGGAAGGGGCUGAGGGACGAGUGGUUGGAAGAAAAGACAUCACCUCUGUUCUACGGGCCCCAGCGUAUCCCCUGGAGCUUCAGGGACAUUCUGAGCCAGCGCCCAACCCAGGGCCUCCUACGUGGACGGGACCAACCCCAGCCAGACAUCUUCAGGAGAGUGCUCCCCAGCAGCUGGCCACCAGCUCCUUCCUGCUCUUCUUGCUGACAGGCGUCAUCUCUGUGGCCUUCCUGCUUCUGCCACUGCAGGAUGAACUUGGCAGCCAGCUGCCUCAGGUCCUACAUGUGUCCCUGGGACAGAAGCUGGUCGCCGCCUACGUCUUAGGCCUCCUCACCAUGGUGUUCCUCCGGACCUGAGCUCUUAGCCAAACCCACUGAACCCACCCUGUCCUUGGCAGGCAGGGACCUAAGGCAGCCACUGUGACGAUAGCACCUUGCCCCUCCUCUCUCCCUUCUGCCCAUCCAUUGACUGUCAGCCUCCCCACAACAAACACCCAGGGAUUUAUACUCAUUUUCCAAGUUGAAUAAAAUAAAGUUUAAAAUCAAAAUGA